AUGAUAUUCCAUAACUUGAUCACCGAAAAUGGCGGUCGGAGGAGAGAGAUCGAUGCCGUGAAGUUUAUGUCAAAACCGGCGAAAUUUCGAGCUCUUCCCAACGAAAUCCGGCGGUUCCAAGGGCGGGGGCUGGUUGGAAAACUUUGCUGGGGUGGUGGCAGUUCUAACCCGACCGGUCUCGUGGUCGGUGGUGGUCGAAUGCGGUGGUUAUGGGGAGAGGGAAGGGCGGUGCUGUGUGAAAAACCGAAGGGGGAGGGGGCACGACCACGGGAGAGAAAUUGGGUUGUUACACGUUUGGCCCUGAAAUCUCCCUUUGUUAGGGUCGGGGACCCAACGAAGACCUGCCCUCGCAGAGAUUUUUGA